UGGUGUCACCUGGUGCCCUGGCUGUAUAUACCUCUCUCUCAUGCUGGCCUUGUGGGUUCAUGGUCUGGUCUGUUCAUGUGCUGUGGGUCUGUCUUCGUGUUCAUGCUUGGUGGUUUGCUCCUCUGUGUUGCAGCUUGAUCCUUAAAAGCAGACCCAGUAGGUUCUUGGAAUCUGUCAGGCUUGCUGAAGAGAAGGAGCAUCAAUAACAGUUGCGUCGGACAUCUUGGAUUCAAACACAUCCGUCAUUUACACAGCAUCAACGGAAUCACAACAUCCAGCUCGGGGAUCGAACCCUCCACCCCCUCCUCUCCUCAUUCCUCCAACUCACAUCUCAAAGCAGAAGGAAUUCAGUGGUUGAUGGCAGAGCUGGGGAAACAUGUUGCAGCAGAUUCCAGAUCUUCUAUGUGCUUUGACUGAAUGUCUUGGAUUCCAGCUGAAACAUGGCCAUCAGAUACAUCCGGCACAAACACAUGUGGAUUUAUGUUUUGAAUUAUGAAAAAGUGUAGAUUGAAGCAACAAUGGAAAAUUCACCUGUGUUGAUUUUAAAAGACCAUCCGUUCCGAACUGUCUCUCCUUCGAGGAUAUUCACUGUGCAAGACUCCACUCUCAAAAGCGACUCUCUCGGAGCGGGUCGUCUUCACGGAGCCCGAAGCUGUUCACCGUUGGAGGCUGGAAAUGUGUCAACCAUCCCUGGAGCAGGUUUGGACCCAGCUCCACUGGCCUCAUCUCACCACCGCACGGGUACUGUAAACACAUCACUCAGUUCAAGCCAAGAAUGCUGCGACAACGCCUCACCUCCUGCAUGUGUAACUGAAGGACAGACAGUCAGAGCCGUCUGUGACCAGGCUGCUCAGACUGUAGACUCCGACUGUGAAUGUGUAAAAACAGGAACACCAAAUGUGGAGCCGAUCACUAAUGGCCAUGUUUCCCAAGAGCCAGAGCAACCAGACUGUGUCUUUCCCUUUGAAUCCCGCUCUCACCUCGUCACCACCUCACCUGUCCCUGACUGGCACCAGACGCUCCUGGAUCUUCCUCGGAUUGUGAAACACAAACCGAGCUCCAUCACCUUCUCAGACAGCUCCUGUUCCCCUGGUAUUCCUGAGCACUUUGCUGCCAAGGAGAGCUCUGAUGAUGGAGAGUCUUCACCAAGGGAAGAGGAGGACGGUCAGGAGGACGGAGACGAGGAUGAUGAUGACGAUGUCUUCUCAGAGCUCCCCCAGAGCAGAGAGCUCCAUGUGGCCUACAGACAGAGGAGGAACAGCAGAGGCAGACAGAAGAGACGAGGGGCUGCAGGUGGAACAGCAGAUGCUGCUCAGAUGAACAGUGGCAGAGAAACGAGCAACAAGGAGGUGAAGUCUCCCUGGUCAGAAUCCAUGAGGCAACUGAUGAGGAAACUAGACCAGCUGAAUCUGGACAUAGAGGAGGCUCUGAGUGCAAGUUCAUCUCCCUCCAACACACCCUGCAUCACUCGCAAAAAACAGUGGGGUGUGAUUUCAAAGUCCACUGCCAACCAAACCUCGAAUGAUGACCGUCUACAAAAGCGAGUGGCGGAAAAUGGGGACCGUUUGAGCCUAGAAGGUUCUUCAGCUGCUCAUGGCAAACGAAAGCGAGGAGCAAGAAAACGGUAG